CACGUCCGGGGGCGACGGGCGACCGAAGCCGAACCCGGAGGAGCCGUUCGACCUCUCGGACCUCGAGUUCGGGUGGGCGCGGGGCGCGGAGCACUUUGAGGACCAGCUGAAGAAGAUGCGGGCGGGGGGCCGGUUCAACCCGGACGCGAUCGGGGCGGUGCGGGUGCGGCCGGACAAGAAGUCGGCCGAGACGUUCCCGCUGCACGAGCUGGCGGCGGUGGUGCCCAAGGGGGGCCGCAACAUUGGCGUGCUGGUGCACGAGGCGGCAUACAUCAAGCCCGUCAUGAGCGCCAUCCAGGCCAGCCCGGACUUCAAUCAGCAGCCGCAGCGGAGCGAGGAGAACGAGCUGGAGCUGAUACUGAAGGUCGAGCCCGAGAGGAAGGAGGGGCUGGUUAAGAGGGCCAAGGAGCUGUGCCACGCCUGGAGGGAGCAGGUGCGCGCCGAGAGGCACAAGAGGGACGUGGUCGUCAAGAGGUGGCACAAGGACGGGCUGCUUACCGCUAAUGACAAGACGCGGCUGGAGAAGGAACUGCAGAAGCUGCAGGACAAGCGGAUGGCACAUGUGGAUAGCAAGGAGAAGGAGAUCCUACAGCACAUUGCGGCCAAGGAAGGCCGCUAGAUGGAGAAGGAAGGCAUUCCCGUGGGAUACCCCGUGGGCCGGAUGCUAGGGUGUCGAAGGGAUACCCAUCCAUAUAUUCAUACAGUGAUUCGAUUCCUACAUACAACAAGCUCCACAUAGUGCUACAGUGUCCAUCC